GCGGGGCACGCUACCUACUAACAAAUACCUAGUGUACCCAUCGCCUUGCCUUCUGACGAUAACAUCUCCGCAACACACAUCACAGGCAACUUUGUAAAUAGGGUUCCGUAAAACACCUACCGCACCCUUUCGCAUUGAGCUUCCAUUGAUUAUUGUAUAUAAACGGUUUCCGUUUUAUCAAACCCCUACCUCAGACCCCAAGAGGCUUGCAGGCCGAGAUUGACCAUGGAGGCCGCGGCGAGAGACUGGUCCAAGAGCGACGGCCACGGCGACUUCCAGAGAACGCGACCGGCUAGCCAUGCUGGCUCAUGGUACCUGGGCAAUGCUGCGCGGCUAUCCUCCCAACUCGACGAGUUUAUGAGCCGUGUGCCUAACAAGCUGGAUGGAAGGGACCUCCCCAUCCCAGGUGCUCGUGUGAUUAUUGCCCCGCACGCUGGCUACUCGUACUCUGGGCCAUGUGCUGCAUGGGCCUACAAAAUCCUAGACCUCGCAAACGUGAAGCGUGUCUUCCUCCUCGGUCCAUCCCAUACCUUCUACCUGAAGGGUUGCGCGCUGUCUACGUUCGGAAAGUACAGCACCCCAUUUGGGGAUCUAGUUGUGGAUGGCAAGGCCGUUGACGAGUUGAUGGAAGACCAAAAGUUCUCCCCGAUCCCUGUUGAAUAUGACAUCCGGGAGCAUUGUCUGGAGAUGCAUCUGCCUUACCUGUGGAAGAGACUUGAGCAGACGCUCGGUGGCGACAGCAGCCAGUUCCCGCCCAUCGUGCCGGUCUUAGUCGGAGACUUGUCUGCAGACGGGGAGAAAGCCGUUGGCUCCAUCCUGGCGCCAUAUCUGGCGGACCCCAAAAACGCGUUCAUCAUCUCAUCAGACUUUUGUCAUUGGGGCAAGAACUACCACUAUCGGCCCCAGUUACACAAAGGCCUCGUCCGAGACCAGGACGCACAGUGGGCGAGUCUCAAGAUCCAGCCGGGUUUCAAAACCAAAGCAGAUGGGAGCGAGCCAAGAGACGCUGAGGUACCUAUCCACGAAGUCAUCAAGGCGCUUGAUGAUCUGGUGAUGGACUCAAUCAAGACGGGCGACCACAGCGACUACUACAGCAUCCUCAAGGGAACCAACAACACGGUAUGUGGCAGACACCCGAUUGGAGUUGUACUGGCAGCCUUGGAGAAAAUGGGAGGUGCUCAGUCCGGGGAAAGUAAGGGCAAGUUCCAGUUUGUCCAGUAUCAGCGAAGUAAUCUGGUUGAGAAGCAAAGCGACUUUAGCGUGAGCUAUGUGUCAGCUUACUCUAUCCUCUGAAGCGGGUCUGAAGACGUGAUGGACCGAUACAGUGAGGAGAAGUGAGUACGAAUUUAGCACGGCCCGCAAAGUGGGUCGCGUUCGACGCGAGUAUGUGUAUAGGGACCUACGACAGCUAGAAUUACGGUCCAGAUGAAACAGAAUACCCAGGAAACCAGUCAGGACAGGCUCACAAGAAUAGGUAUACUCGGACCAUGUGUUCUGUCGAUGUUGGGUCUGAAACUCUCGAUUCAAGUGGAAACUCGGUGCAAAGGCCAAGCUACAAAACGCAGUGUAUACUGCGGUACACUACACUACACACAAGAGUUGCCCAGAUGCCUGUCGGACUUGAGCCGAGCCCCUACUCGAGCCCUGUAGUGUACACUAGGUAUGUACCAAAGACGGAACAGGCGGGUCCAGGCGGGCCAAGUUCGACGAAUCAUAGGCAUCUAGGCCAUGGCGGCGCAAUGAUCAACAGCUCCACCCAAAUGUGCGUUCCUGAACACAAUCCAUGCAAUAUGCUCGG